GAUAGGGACCAAUAAUUAAAGCCCUUUUGUCUAAUCUCAUUCGUUGUCUCCCCCAAAAAUAUCAUAUUACCUUCCAAGAAAGAAGAUAUUUUUCUCCAACCCUAAGCUUCCUUCCUUCUCAGAUUCCUCCUCCAAUGGAUCCGACGGCGGCGGCGGUGAUGCCGAUUGAUUUGCCGAUCAUACACGAGAGCGAUCGGUACGACUUCGUGAGAGAUAUUGGGUCUGGCAACUUCGGGGUAGCUCGUCUCAUGACCGAUAGAGUUACAAAGGAGCUCGUCGCUGUUAAGUACAUCGAGAGAGGUGACAAAAUUGAUGAGAAUGUGCAGAGGGAGAUCAUCAACCACAGGUCCUUGAGGCAUCCUAAUAUCGUCAGGUUUAAGGAGGUCAUUUUGACGCCUAGCCAUCUGGCUAUUGUGAUGGAGUAUGCUUCUGGUGGUGAGCUUUAUGACCGCAUCUGUAACGCUGGCCGCUUCAGUGAAGAUGAGGCUCGGUUCUUCUUUCAGCAGCUUAUCUCUGGUGUUAAUUACUGUCAUGCCAUGCAAAUAUGUCAUCGAGACCUGAAGCUGGAGAAUACAUUGUUGGAUGGAAGUCCUGCCCCUCGUUUGAAAAUUUGUGAUUUUGGUUACUCCAAGUCUUCUGUUCUUCACUCGCAACCAAAGUCAACUGUUGGUACUCCUGCGUACAUCGCACCAGAGAUUCUUCUUCGUCAGGAAUAUGAUGGCAAGAUGGCAGAUGUGUGGUCAUGUGGUGUGACCUUAUACGUUAUGUUGGUUGGAGCAUAUCCGUUUGAGGAUCCAGCUGAGCCAAGAGACUAUCGAAAGACUAUACAAAGAAUCCUUAGCGUCACAUACUCAAUCCCUGAGGACUUAAACCUCUCACCAGGAUGUCGCCAGCUAAUCUCAAGGAUCUUCGUAGCCGAUCCAGCAACGAGAAUCAGUAUCCCAGAGAUCAAAUCCCAUGAAUGGUUCUUGAAGAAUCUCCCAGGCGAUCUGAUGGACGAGAACAGAAUGAGUAGUCAGUUCCAAGAGCCGGAGCAGCCGAUGCAGAGCCUUGACACUAUCAUGCAGAUCAUCUCGGAGGCUACCAUUCCAGCCGUUAGAAACCGUUGCCUUGAUGACUUCAUGGCUGAUAAUCUUGACCUUGACGAUGACAUGGAUGACUUUGAUUCCGAAUCUGAGAUUGACGUUGACAGUAGCGGAGAGAUAGUUUAUGCUCUUUGAGAGUUUGAGAGGGCAAAGUCUGUUUUGUCCGCCGUACUGUUCAGACACUAUUGGAGUCUUUGUCUUGUCUUAAGCUCCUCUACCACCAUCCUUUUAUUUUUGGAUCGUUUGUUUGUCUUUUAUUUCUCUACAGACUUUGGAUUCACAUACAUAUAUAUAUAUAUGUGUAAUAUAUUUUUAUAAUAUAUGAUCCCUUUGAGCAUUCA